UUGUGAAUGCACGAAUUUUGAAUGAAGUUUCAGAUUUAAAUGAUUAAUUUUAAAAAGUGUGUAAAAUGUUCUCGCCGCUGUUCAGAAACAUUUCCGGCUGCUUGCGGACCGCCCGAGUUCUUCCAGUAAUUCAGGCAAAUGCAAAUUUCUCCUCAAAACGCGUUGCGAUCGCCCUUCGCAGCAAGAAAGCCAAAUCCGACAAACCAACGACCCAGUACUUUGUGGACUGCAAGCACGUGCGCACGAUCGGCGGCAAGGGCGGCGACGGGUGCGUGUCCUUUCUGCGGCUUUGGUGCAACGAAAACGCCGGUCCGGAUGGCGGAGACGGUGGGAAUGGUGGCCACGUGGUGCUGCAGGCUAGCGCGGAUGUUCGGGAUUUGAACCAUGUUACGGUGCAGUUGAAUGCGGAUGCGGGGGACAACGGGCGGAACAAGGAUUGUCACGGGAAGAACGCCGGUCACACGGUGGUCAAGGUUCCGCUGGGGACGAUUGUGAAGAGUGGCGAGGGGAAGGUCGUGGGGGAUUUGGAUAGGGAAGGGACGAUGUUUGUGGCGGCGAGGGGUGGUGCCGGGGGGAAGGGGAACCACUUUUUCAUCAGUGAUUUGGAGCAGGCGCCGCAGGUUGCGGAGUUUGGGGCACAGGGGGAGGACAAGUCGUACGUGUUGGAGCUGCGGAGUAUGGCGCAUGUUGGGUUUAUUGGACUGCCGAACGCGGGGAAGAGCACGCUGUUGAGGGCGAUUUCGAGGGCACGACCGAAGGUGGCCGCGUAUCCGUUUACGACGUUGAAGCCGCACUUGGGGAUGGUCCAGUACGAUGAUUACGAGCAGAUUGCGGUGGCGGAUUUGCCCGGGUUGAUUCCGGACUCGCACAAGAACAAGGGACUCGGGAUUCAGUUUUUGAAGCACGCGGAGCGAUGUAACAUUUUGCUGUUUGUGGUCGAUGCCUCGGCGGCGGAACCGUGGAACGCCUAUCACACGUUGAUGCACGAGCUGACCAUGUUCAGUGAAGAGUUGGCGGAGCGGCCAAAGAUGAUUAUUGCGAACAAGAUUGAUUUGCCCGGGGCGGAGGAGAAUGUGCAGCUGCUGGAGCACCACGUGGAUGUUCCGGUGGUGCCGAUUAGCGCCAAGAUGGGAACGAAUGUGGCGGAGCUGCUGCGGGAGAUACGAAUCAUCUAUGAUGGGGUGAAAAAGGAGGAAGAGGGGAAGGGAAGGGUAUCCGAGUAGGAAAAUGUUAAGAAUUCAAAGUCU